AUGGCACGGAAACAACGAAAUACCACGCAGCGUGAAGAGCCGGUGGAGGAUGAUUUCGUAAACGACGAAGAAAGUGAGGGCGAGGAGAAUGACAUUGGAGAAGAAGAUGGUCCGCCUACCAUCGACCCGUACGAAGUGCUAGGACUUCAGACGGACGCUACUGCCGACGAUGUGAAGAAGGCAUAUCGCAAGUUGGCGCUCAAAUGUCAUCCUGACAAGGCUGCACCCGACGAGAAGGAAGGCGCCAACAAGGCAUUUCAAGAGAUCGCAUUCGCAUACGCUGUGCUUUCAGACGAUCGCCGACGCAAGCGCUAUGACCUCACAGGUAGCACCGCCGAGACAAUGGAAGACGACGACGACUUCAACUGGCUGAAGUUCUACCGCGAGCAAUUCGAGAACGUUGUUAACGAAGAGGCCAUCAACAAUGUCGCAAAUGAGUACAAGGGCAGUGCGGAGGAGCGCCGAGAUUUGAUCAAGGCUUUCAAGAAGGUCAAGGGAAAUCUGGACAGGGUCUAUGGCAUUGUAAUGCUGUCAGACAUUCUAGUCGACGAUGAUCGGUUCAGACAAAUCCUAGACGAGGAGAUUGAGAAUGGCACGCUCCAGUCAUACCCAGCAUACGAGAAGGAGACAGAUGAGACGCGAGAGAAGGCCAAGGAGGCAGAGAAGAAGAGACGGGAAGACUUCGACAAGCGUCAGGCUAAAGAGGAGGCCGCACCCACGAAUGGCAAGUCAAAGGCAAAGCCAAAAGCGAAGAAAGGUGGUGCAGACAAUAUGGCGAGCCUAGCAGCUAUGAUACAGCAGCGCCAGAAAGCGCGUCAGGGCAAUUUCUUCGAUUCGCUGGAGGCCAAGUAUGCGCCCAAGUCUCGCGGCUCCAAGCGAUCAACGCCCAUGGAAGAGCCACCAGAAGAGGCCUUCACCGCCAACCGGAAGAAACAGAAGACCAACUCGCGUUCUAAGAAGAAGGCCAUGGACGAUAGUGAAGAUGAGGAGAUGCUCUCGGGUGAAGAGGACAUUGGUGACUCUGAAGAAGAAGAAGAGGAGGAGGUGGCCCCGAAGAAGUCAAGGGCAAAGCCCAAGGCGCGGAAACAUGGACGGGUUUAGCGUUUCGGAAUGAACUGCAAUGAUACUGUUUGCAUAUGGCGGUGGAUAAGGGCGUUUAUGGAAUGAUAUACCACAUGCAUGCAUGACAUGCUGUCUGGUUUGAUAAAAACGGCAUUUCGAAGCCGAGGAUAGCUUAGCUUGAGCAUGAUGUAGCUCCUGGUACGUGCUUAGGCAACAACUUAUAUACACCAGUCACUGCGCUUGUAAUACAGCGUGUCAUAA